AUGCCGACGAACCGAGAGUCUAGUGAAACAAUCGAAAUAGGUCGCGAUUAUGAGUAUGGGCCUAGAUACUCUGAGUCCAGGCCGGCGAGCGUAUACUAUGAUGACAUUGUCCCAAGCCGGCAGGUCCAUUACGAGGACUAUAGGCCUAAUCGCAGAGGAUCAGAUGUGUACGAAACAGUGAGGAGGCCAGACAGGUACGAAGACAAACUUUAUCGCGACAAGUGGCAAAGCAACGCCAAUGCAACAACACACUACCUGUCACCAUUUCCCAACCGUCAUGGUGCUCAAAACCAGGAGGUCAGCUUGAGGCAGAGACCCCGAUCUCAGAGCCCGGUGCGGUACCGUGACGAUGAGCCUUUUACUAUUGCAAACAGAAGGGAAAGAAUCGUUGGCGAAGCGGCACCUCCCCAUAGAAUCACAGGGGCGCCAAAGCGACGAAGGAACUCGGAGCCUAUGCCGGGUCUCUUUCAGACUAUUUUCGAUGUGAACCAUCCCCAGGAUGCCAGUGUUCACCUGGAACUUCCCAUCACGGAUGAUUACGAGACCGAGCUAGAGGAAUUCUGCCGACUACAGAGACUGGGCAACUUUGGGGCCGCGGAGAAAUACUUCAGGAACCAUCUGGAGCAGCAUCUGAGUGACCCAUACGUGUUCGUCCAGUAUGGUCAAAUGCUGCUGGAGAAAGGAGAUUACUUAGCCUUUGAACAGCUGGAUGCCGAAGUUGUGUUCGGGGAAGAGGAUUCGCCACGAGCGCCGCCUCGCAAAGAAUUCAUUAACGAGAAAGAAGAAGAGCUCGCUCCAGGUCUCCGAGUCCAGUGGACAACGGUCGUCGCGAGCGCCGUGCCAGAUUCGAGUCGGAUGGGCGAAUUGCCACGGGAUUGGAUAGACCAGUACGACCGUGACAUAUAUUACGAAAGGUUUCGCGAGCGGUCACCUGUUCGAACCGCGCAAUUGGCGGCGACGACCACGGGUUCGGACUACGAUGAGCUUGAAUUACUCCGUCAAAAUUGGAGGCUGAUGAAAUCUGUCUGCGAAAUCCACACCAAAGGAAACUACGAAGAUGCAUUGAAUGAGGCCUGGUACACGAUUGAGAAUUUCAUCCAACUGGCGAAGCUUGCCCUCGAACUGUGCGCACACAUUGAGCGUGUAGCCCCUGAACGAUAUAGCAGCGGUCUGGAUGAAGCUGCAAAAUCCUGGAUCGAAUGGUCAGCUCUGUUCAAAGAGCUCCUCGUUCAAGGCCGCAUAUGGGACUUCAAGGAUCUCUACGUUGCGAUCCUGGCGGCAUUCCCAGAUUCAGAAGUCACACUGUACUUUGGGGCGGAGGAAGAUAAGCCCUCGGCGCUGAUCGACAGCUGGAUUUCAGACGAAGGAGAUGAGUCGACCAAUCUAGCCAUACUCGAUAUGAUCUUGGAGCCGAAUCAGCGUCAAUCCGCUUUUAUGGAUGAGAUGAAGGCUCGUGUUCAAGCCAUUAUCACUCAUUGUCCCAAAGCGAUGAAGAGCCGGUCUUUUAUCCGCUGGAUAUUGGCGAGCGCCACUGAUGCGUUGACUGGGGGGACGAAAGGUUGGGCCGCACCAGAAACUCCCGCGGCCGUAAAGGAGCCUAUACAGUUGGCACUGAAUGUGGCAAAGGAGCUCAACGACUACAAGUCUCAAGUGGCAUGCCUCAAAUUGCUCAUUUUUCAGUCUGAAGACCCAACUCAGCUCUUUCAAGACCUCGCAUCGUUGCAAAAGUCCAUGCAAGGAGACAACGAGGGGUAUCUGGAGACUUUGUUGUCAACCUAUCUUGUCUGCAAGGAUCGGCCGUCGAAAGAGAAAUUGCUCGAGCAGUUGCAACAGACUGAACACUGGAAUGAUGAUACUCGGCUGCGCGAUGGACUGCUCUACUGGUCCCGAGACUUCAUUGAGAGAGCAUUGAAGAGAAGCAUUCAGGGCCCGAAAAGCACAGCUACACUGCGCCACCCGCCGGGCUUCUAUAUAGGGAAGGAUCUGCCAAAGGUGAUUGAGCAGUUCACAUGGCAGAAUGCAGGACAGCCCGACUCUCCGAAUACGGCUGCUCAUACAUCAUACCGUCAAAGGCGUCAUGACACUGCCACAUCGUCCAAACCUUCCAAUCAGACCGAUGGGCCCCAAGUGAUCAGACCUCCUCCUAAACCAUCCCCCUCAUAUGGGAGGCAGUCCCCAUGGCAAUCACCACAUGUGGCUUCCCAUGAUGGAUCUUUUGACAGGAGAGAGCGUGAUGAAUUGGAAGCGUUGCGAAGAGAAUUAGAGCGGCAGCGGGAGCUCGACUACCGCGAGACGAGAGAGCGUAAUGAAUUGGAAGCAGCGCGCAGAGAAUUGGAGCGGCUGAGGGCGCUCGAAGAACGCGAGAGGAGAGAAAGGGAGAUGCGUUUGCGGCUCGAGGACGCGGAGCAUCGAAGACGGCUACAAGAAGAAGUCAAGAUCCAAGCCGAACAGAUGGCAAAGAAGUCGGCGGAACUUGAGAAACUCCAGCAUGAGCACAAAUUGGCGAAAGAGAAGCAAGACCGCGAGAACAAAGCCCGAGAAGACCGUGACACUCGACAGCGACUCGAGCGGGCAGAAGUGUCUUUGCGAGAUCAGGCGGAGAGGCUCAGACGCGCAGAGGAUCGAUCACACCAGGAAUGGGUUACUGGAAGAGACAAAAGACACGGAGGAAAAUUCCGUUGGGGGAAGCACCGAAGUAGAAGAAGCAAGAGCCUUGAGACGAUUUCAACGACCUCUUCGGAUACUUACAGCAGCGAUAGUUCACGCUCAUCGUACUACGAGGACUCCGACUCCGACGAUGAUGAUGCCCGGUCCAGGAUCAGAAAUGAAUCAAGUGGGGACGAGGCCGACCACCGCGGUGGAGACGACACUGGGAGCCUCCAACAAAAUCGGUGCACUGACCUUGUUUUAUACCAAGCCCAGCCUCCAGAGCCCCCUGAGGCGUUUAAUGCCCAGGAUUCACUUCCUGGAUCACCAGAAUUGCCACCACAGGACGCAGGGAAUUCUCGGGUGACCGAGACUUCCCGAAGAGCCAGGAGACUUUCACGCACGACGACAAAGAGCUCAGGGACCAAGGGCUCGAGAUCGCGAGCUCGCAGGCAGUCGAAGGAGCGAGAGCCCAAAGAUAAGGACACGCCGGGACGGUCGCACACGGAAGAUACAGACGGGCAACGAAGCUCCUUGGCAGCAGCUUCUCGUCCUAGACUCAACAAGACCUCAAGAAGUAGAAGCGCCAGGGGGGUAGAAGAUAAAGGGAAAAGCGUCGAUGAGGCCCCUGAUACUUCGAAAGACAGCCUGAAUCCUGAUGAAAUUACCUUGUUCGUCAAGGGCUCGGGCAUUCUGUCCAUAGGCAACGCUCGGCUGGCUAUUAAGGACGGGGAGCAGAUCACCAUCCGUACCAACGGCGCCGAAAACCCCUCUUCAGAGAUGGAGAAACACAGGACCGUGAACAAUAGCGAGGGGGGCAUGCUGGCCAAGGAGCAACCUGCCGUCCAGCAGGUCCAGUCCUCCUCUCCAACACUUGGCAUGGCAUCCCCUAACACGCGGCGCGGCUGGAAAUUGGAGGAGUCUCAGCUGCAGCAACCCCUUUCCUCCCCAAGGCACCGGCACUCGACAGACGCUUCAUCCGAAAUGCAGCAGAACCUGGCCAAAGUGAACCUCCAGCGAGAAGUUGACGAAAUCUUGAAGAGCAUGGACCCCAAAGCCACCAUAAAUACGACCACAGGGACCUUUCCUAGCUCCCCGCCAGCAAGGCAGCCCCUGGAGAGGAAAGAACUGGAGGACUUGUAUGAGUCUGUCAGAAGAAUUGGUGUUGAAGAGGGGGAGACAUCGAGACAAAGACACAUCAGGCGUGAGAAAGAAGAGCUAGAUGAUGACUCGGAAUAUCGUGCUCGCCUGAGGGAGCGGAUCAGAGCUCGAGACCGGCGAUCAGUCCUUGAGGUCCCUUCUAGGCGCUCCACUGGCAUGACCGAGGAAACACGAGAAGAAGUCGAGGCUAGAGGCGAGGGGCCGAAAGACUUGACUCAGGAACCACAGGUCAUCUAUGAGCUUGAUCAGACUGGUCCUGAUGUCAUGAGGAACAAACACGAAAACGCCGAGCGUUACCGCGAUGAGCUGUCAUCCAAGCAGCAAAACGAGAAAAUCGCCAAGCGUCCCUCCAACCGCCACUCGAGACCUCCCUCGAUAGGGAUGUACGGGAGCCCGCGGUCCUAUAUGUACGACCCAGCUGUUGGCUACGAUGUGUGGGAGGACACCAAGACAAGGAGAAUGCCAAGGGUGCUUGACGAUAUACGACCUCUUUCGAGACGUACGUCGUCUCGGCUCGAAUACUUCUCUCCUCCGCCCCCUCCUCCUCCCGUCGACCGGCUUCAGUCCCCAACGAAACGCCCAUCGGUGAUCAUUGAUGCUGAUGGUCGGCCUCACCCAAUCCGGACCAAAAGCGAGAAUAACCGUAGCCGCUCCGGGCCGGGUGACACCAGCAGCACACCACACAUCGUUAUCCGGCGUGGUGUUUCCGCCGACGGCCGUCGUCCAAGACCGGAAGUGCCUCCUGUUCCUGGAUCGCGCGGACGGCCACAGUCUGUGACAGGCCCUAUUGAGCGACACCGCCACUCUGCCCCAGAACAAUCAGUCACUGAGAAGCUGCCCGCCGAAAACUGGGAGAAAGAGACCGAAGGUGUUUGGAGGAAGAAAAAGGCCGUGAUAACAGUACAGGAAGAUCCCGAGGAAGAAGCCAAACCGUCACCUCCCCAGCCUCAACGGAGCGAGGGGGAGAGUCACAGGCCACAGACCCUGCUCGAGCCGGAGCAAGGAAUCUCAAGAAAAUCAACAGUUACUGAUCCAGAUCCGGGAGACGAGGAGUAG